AUGCAGAAGGAGAACUCCAACCCAUCCCCUGAGGUGCACCAAUAUGUUGGGCCCUACAGGCUAGAGAAAACCUUAGGCAAGGGCCAGACAGGUCUGGUCAAGUUAGGAGUUCAUUGUGUGACUGGAAAGAAAGUAGCUAUCAAAAUAAUAAACAGGGAAAAGUUGAGUGAGAGUGUACUUAUGAAGGUCGAACGGGAAAUAGCCAUAAUGAAACUGAUAGACCACCCCCACGUGCUCGGGUUGACUGACGUUUACGAAAACAAAAAAUAUCUAUAUUUAGUGUUAGAGCACGUGUCGGGUGGAGAGCUGUUCGACUACCUAGUGAAGAAGGGCAGACUGACACCUAAGGAAGCUAGACGAUUUUUUAGACAAAUUAUAUCCGCCUUGGAUUUUUGCCAUAGCCAUUCCAUAUGCCACAGAGACCUGAAGCCUGAAAACCUCCUACUAGACGAGAAGAAUAACAUAAAAAUAGCAGAUUUCGGUAUGGCCUCUUUGCAGCCCAUGGGUUCCAUGUUGGAAACCAGCUGUGGGUCUCCCCAUUACGCUUGUCCUGAAGUAAUAAGGGGAGAAAAGUACGACGGCAGAAAGGCGGACGUCUGGUCCUGCGGGGUCAUCCUCUACGCCCUGCUGGUCGGUGCCCUGCCCUUCGACGACGACAACCUGAGACAGCUGCUGGAGAAAGUCAAGAGGGGGGUGUUCCACAUACCCCACUUCGUCCCUCCAGAUUGCCAAAGCCUACUGCGAGGCAUGAUCGAAGUUAACCCGGAGAAAAGACUAACGCUAACCGACAUAAACAAGCACCAAUGGGUGACGGCCGGGGGUAAGGGGGAACUCGAGCUGGAAUUGCCCAUGAUGGAGGUGGUGCAGACCCACGUGCUACCGUCCAUCGAGGCCGUUGACCCGGAUGUCCUGCAGGCAAUUUGCAGCCUAGGCUGCUUUAAGGAGAAGGAGAAGUUGAUCCAGCAUCUGCUUAGUCCAAGCCAUAACACCGAAAAAGUGAUCUAUUUUUUACUUUUGGAGCGGAAGAGGAGGAGGCCAGCCUGCGAGGAUGAGGGCGACUCCAUGCUGAGAAUCAGAAACUCGGACAACCAAGACCCGCCCAAGAAGAGGAUCGACACCUGCAGAGUGAACGGCCAAAAUACGCUGCAGUUUGGCCAGAUCAGCGAAGGUUCACCUCUCACACCUAGGAGAUCACAUUACAAAAGACACCACGCUAGGAGAAGCCCUUCUACAGGAAGUACCCACAGCAGCCUUAGUAUUCAUUCACCAACGAGAUCUUCAGGAGCAUCCAGUCCAGUUCUGUUCAACAGUACCGUAACCCCCACCAACACCCACUCCGGGAUGUCUUCGCCAGUGGGACAGAGAACGCCGUCCCAUCACGCCCACCGCAGCUCUACCCACGUGACUUCCAACACUCACGUGACCGUGACUCCGCCCCCAUCUACCCCCACCCACCACCGGGCGAACAGCAGCGGGGGAACGACAGUGACGUCCGUUAUGUCUCUCACGUCACCAGAGAACGACACCACAAGCCUAGUCACAGGUCCUACCAUCCUGACGCCAAUGACGCCGCCGGGAUCGCCGCACUCGAGCGCAACGAGCCACCACUGGCGGUCCAGACUCACCACGAUCAAGAAUAGUUUUUUAGGUUCCCCCAGAUUCCAUAGGAGGAAACUGCAAGCGUCCUCUGAAGAAGUCCACCUGACGCCCGAGUCCUCGCCCGAGCUGACGAAAAAAUCCUGGUUCGGAUCGCUGAUGACCACGGAGAAGGACGAAACUUUCACGAUCUUGGUGAAAGGCAAACCCCUAGCCACGGUCAAAGCCGACUUGAUACACGCCUUUCUAUCGAUAGCAGAACUAAGCCAUUCAGUCUCCAGUCCAAUGUCGUUUAGGGUAGAAUACAAAAGGGGCACCACAGGGCCAGCUAUGUUCCAGAGACACGUCAGAUUCCAAGUAGACAUCUCGACUAUAACCAAGCAGACGGUAGACAACACCAAAGAACAUCUCUACGCCAUAACCUUCACGUUACUGUCAGGGAAUAUCAGGAGAUUCAGAAGGGUCUGCGAGCAUAUCCAAGCGCAAGUAUGCACCAGAAGGCCGCCGCCUAGCCCCAGGGCCCAGAGGAAGUUCACCACGGAGCUGAGCGAGAGCUCCAGCUGCGGCUCGGACUCCAGCGAACUUUUUCUAAACACCAGACAAUUGAACGUGCUUCAGCUAGAAAGCAGCGACCUGGAGAGCGAGUGCAGCGUAUUCGACGUGCGGACGGCGACGAGGGAGGUAGCCAGGAGGGCCUCGACGAACAACAACACGGAGACGUGCGAACAGAACACCCCCGGCACCCCCAAGGCCGUCAGGUCGAACUCCGAGAACACCGAUUCCUGCGAGAAGAAGUGCAUCACUACGAUGUCCGGGAGUUCCAUCGCGUAAUAUUCCUCGA